CUGAAUCGAAACGAAAAAAAAAAUGGAACCCUACAUUGGGAAUGAAGGUAAGCUCUCAAACUUGCAAACUUGCUUUUCGACAGUGGACUGAUUCACCCUAUUUUUGCUAUACUGGUUUUCCAGCUGUUUUAAAAUAUUUCGAAACUUACGAUGAAGAAACAUGGACUUACGAACAUUUUUUAAAUGAAUUAAAAGAAACGAUUAUAACUUCGCCACCAUAUACUAACGACUGGAGCGGUUUAGACGUUCUCAAUGAAGCAAGGUUUCGUAGUUCAGAUGAAGUGAUUUCCGCUGUUAAUAAACGAUAUCCUGAGGAUCGAGCUAGUGGUGCUUCGCACAAACGUCAAUGUCUCCAAACAGAAAACGGGCCAUCGCAAACUCCAGAAGAAAAGGUUGCAGAGGUUACAGAUGAUGAAGGAUGGGAGUUUGAUACACCACAGCCAAGUUGGCUAAAAAGAUUGAUAGAGGAACACUUGUCAGAUCCGAAAAUUGUAGACCUUCUUUCAGAAUCAGAUCUAUCAGAUCUGAACGCGAUGUUUUCAUCUGCAUUAAAAGAUUGGACCGUGUUGGAACCUUCAGCGGAAAAAUGUCUGAAGUCUCUUUCAAAGCUUCGUACAAUUGGAGAAUCCGUAAGACCGAAGGGAACACACGGUGCAAUUCUUAGACUCCAAGAAAUGACAAGUACUAGGAAUCCAAUUAUCUUAGAAGCUGACGAUCUAUUUUAUGAUGGAUAUAUCGACGAAGAUAUUAAAAUUUUUCCCGAAGAGAUCUCACUACUUGAUCAUAAUGAUCAUCUGGAUCCAGAUAUGAUUGCGAAAGGGAUCCCCAAUAGACAAAAUUCGGAGCGGGACAUUGAUAUUUUUAUUAAACGUCAUAUUUUUUCAUGUUUCGAUGACAUUUUGGAUACUUCACGAGAUCGCCGAGCAAAUGCGGUAGAUGCUCCGAGUAAUGCGGAAGGAUACCACCUCGACUGGAUGUUUACGGACUUAAGUUGGGGUCGUGAAUUUUCAAUUUGCGAACGUGCCGGUUCCAAAGUUGAAAACAAACGCAAGGUUAUUUCGAAUAACUUAAAAGGACAAAAGAUUCUACGAGACAUGCACCGAUCUCUAACUGAAGUAAUAUAUACAGGAGGCGAUGGAAUGCUUUCGAAGCCGGUUCUGCAGUCUAUCACAAAGCUUCUUAUGCCCGGUUUUUUGUCUUCUUACUUUAUUUUGCGUGCUAUCCUAGUUAUAUAUGUAGGAGGAGGCUAUUACGCAUCGAUUAAUUUAGCCGAUUUCGACAUACCAACAAAAUACGAGGAGCUAAAGUCAGUUAUUGAGAUAUCCCGUAUAAUGCUUCAAGUCAAGAAAUUACUAUCCACUACUAUUACUCGAUUUAAACUUAUUAAAAAAAGAGCUGAGAAGGAAAAACUUGCUCCCGGAAGAAUGAUAAUGCCUGUUAGAGAGAAAGAGUACAGAUCUCCCCAAAAACCGAAGGGACCCGCCUCUUCUGUAACUCAGGACAAAGAAUCUCGAUCACAUAAGAAGAAAGAAGCGGAAAAUAUCGUGCAGGAUAUAUUUGAUUUUACUAUGGAUGGGUUCGAGAAAAAUCACAUGACGGAAAUUUCGCUGACGGGCCGUGAGGAAAAUAAUUGCCAAGAAAAGAUAGAGUCCCAGGGGGAUCUAGCAGAAUCAUCAAGUGACCAAGAUGACUCUAUCAUCGAUUCCGAAGGGGAGAUUUCGGAUGAUCAGACUAAUGCAUCGGAGGCACAAGCGAAUAGCUUGGUUUCAGCUAAGGCAAGUACAUCAAUAUCAUUAACCCAUGUCUCUAAUUCUUCAGUAAGUAUACCCGAUUAUUCUUAUGACGAGAACAAGAUAAAUGAUAUGGACACAAUACUUUCUGAUUAUGAUGAUGAUGAAGGUUAUUACUAUAAUUUAAAUACCGGUGAAACUUAUGGAAAAUCAGAUC